UGCGGUGAACUAUAUGGGUUCAGCAUACAUUAUGGAUAGCAUCACUUGUUGUUGUUGACCCCCUCGGUCCAAUCCUGGUUCCGCCCUCCACCAGCCGGCAGCUUACAAGUUGGAUUGUUGGAGUAAUUAAAUCUGUAGCGGCCGGCAAGCGGCCUUUCAUGGCUGACCUUUCCUGCCCAAGGAGAAGCUAAGCUUAGCGCAAGUACGGCACGGCACCGCGAGGCAGCAGUAUGUUCCGAGCCGCGUGGAGUGUUCUCCUUCUCGGGGGCAAGAGCUCGGCCAUGUCCGCCGCCGUCAGCCGCUUCUCCGCGGCGGCCGCCUCGCAGAGGCUGGCCGGAAAGGUGGCGGUGAUCACUGGCGGCGCAAGCGGCAUCGGCAAGGCGACGGCCGCCGAGUUCGUCAGGAACGGCGCGAGGGUCGUCCUCGCCGACGUCCAGGACGACCUUGGCCACGCCGCCGCCGCGGACCUCGGCGCGGACGCAGUGGUCUACACCCGCUGCGACGUCACCGACGAGGCGCAGGUCGCUGCCGCUGUAGACCUCGCCGUCGCGCGCCACGGCCGCCUCGACAUCGUCUUCAACAACGCCGGGAUCGGCGGCAACCUGGCGCCGGUCCCCGUGGGCGCCCUGGACAUGGACGACUUCGACCGCGUCAUGGCGGUCAACGCCCGCGCGGUGGUGGCCGGCGUCAAGCACGCCGCGCGCGUCAUGGUGCCCCGCCGCGCCGGCAGCAUCAUCUGCACGGCUAGCACCGCGGGCGUGGUGGGCGGCGUGGCGCUGGCGCCGUACAGCGUGUCCAAGGCCGCCAUGGUCGGGCUGGUGCGCGCCGUGGCCGGCGAGCUGGCGCGCUCUGGCGUGCGGGUCAACGCCAUCUCGCCCAACUACAUCCCGACGCCGCUGGUGAUGGCCGCCAUGGCCGAGUGGUACCCCGGGAUGGGCGUCGAGGAGCGCAGGCGGGUCGUGGAGAGGGACAUGAACGAGAUGGACGGGCCGGUGCUGGAGGUGGAGGACGUGGCGCGGGCGGCGUUGUACCUCGCGUCCGACGAGUCCAAGUACGUCAACGGCCACAACCUCGUCGUCGACGGCGGGUUCACGGUGGGGAAGGCGCCCAACAUGCCGAAACCUGCACAGUGAACUCGUUGCCAAGAGAGAUGACAUCAUGCAUGGCUUCGCUUGUUCGUCUCUGAUUUGUUCUUCCCGUUAUUGGGAUUGGAAAACAUGGUUCGCUCCGGUCCUUCAUUGUUAACGGCUUGUCGUCCAUAAAAUUACUCUGUGUCCUCCAUUGGUCCAUAAUGUUCCAAAUGUAUUUUUGUAAUAACACAUAAUAACGAGCAUUUUCCAUAAAUUUUAUGAGUGAUAUAUUAUCCAUAAAUAAA